GUGCGCCUGCGCGGGCUGAAGGUGGGGGCGGUGCCAUGACGCGCCUCGGGGGCGGUCCUCGGGCGCGCGCCGCUCUCUUACCCUCGGGCCUCAGAAGUCGGUGCCAGUGACCGGAGGAGGUGGCGAGCGGUUCCUUGUGGGCUAGAAGAAUCUUGCAAAAAUGUCGCUGUAUCCAUCUCUUGAAGACUUGAAGGUAGACAAAGUAAUUCAGGCUCAAACUGCUUUUUCUGCAAACCCUGCCAAUCCAGCAAUUUUGUCAGAAGCUUCUGCUCCUAUCUCUCAAGAUGGCAAUCUGUAUCCCAAACUAUAUCCGGAGCUGUCUCAAUACAUGGGGCUGAGUUUAAAUGAAGAAGAAAUACAUGCAAAUGUGGUCGUGGUUUCUGAUGCACCACUGCAGGGGCAGUUGGUAGCAAGACCUUCCAGUGUGAACUAUAUGGUGGCUCCUGUUACCGGUAAUGAUGUUGGAAUUCGUAGAGCAGAAAUUAAGCAAGGGAUUCGUGAAGUCAUUUUGUGUAAGGAUCAAGAUGGAAAAAUUGGACUCAGGCUUAAAUCAAUAGAUAAUGGUAUAUUUGUUCAGCUAGUCCAGGCUAAUUCUCCAGCCUCGUUGGUUGGUCUGAGAUUUGGGGACCAAGUACUCCAGAUCAAUGGUGAAAACUGUGCAGGGUGGAGCUCGGAUAAAGCGCACAAGGUGCUCAAACAGGCUUUUGGAGAGAAGAUUACCAUGACCAUUCGUGACAGGCCCUUUGAACGGACGAUUACCAUGCAUAAGGAUAGCACUGGACAUGUUGGUUUUAUCUUUAAAAAUGGAAAAAUAACAUCCAUAGUGAAAGAUAGCUCUGCAGCCAGAAAUGGUCUUCUCACAGAACAUAACAUCUGUGAAAUCAAUGGACAGAAUGUCAUUGGAUUGAAGGACUCUCAAAUUGCAGACAUACUAUCAACAUCUGGGACUGUAGUUACUAUUACAAUCAUGCCUGCUUUUAUCUUUGAACAUAUUAUUAAGCGGAUGGCACCAAGCAUUAUGAAAAGCCUAAUGGACCACACCAUUCCUGAGGUUUAAAAUUCAUGGCACCAUGGAAAUGUAGCUGAACGUCUCCAGUUUCCUUCUUUGGCAACUUCUGUAUUAUGCACAUGAAGCUUUCCCGGAGCCAGCAAGCAUAUGCUGCAUGAGGACCUUUCUAUCUUACAUUAUGGCUGGGAAUCUUACUAUUUCAUCUGAUACCUUGUUCAGAUUUCAAAAUAGUUGUAGCCUUAUCCUGGUUUUACAGAUGUGAAACUUUCAAGAGAUUUACUGACUUUCCUAGAAUAGUUUCUCUACUGGAAACCUGAUGCUUUUAUAAGCCAUUGUGAUUAGGAUGACUGAUACAGGCUUAGCUUUGUGUGAAAACCAGUCACCUUUCUCCUAGGUAAUGAGUAGUGCUGUUCAUAUUACGUUAGUUCUAUAGCAUAUUUGCAUUUUUAACUUGCUACCAUAGUACAUUUAGAAUGAUUGCCUUUGAUUUUUUAAACAAAUUCUGUGUGUGUGUGUGUGUAAAAUGCCAAUUAAGAACACUGGUUUCAUUCCAUGUAAGCAUUAAACAGUGUAUGUAGGUUGCAAGAGAUUGUGAUGAUUCUCAAAUUUUAACUACCUUCAUUUAAUAUGCUUAAACUGUCGCCUUAACUAUGUUAAGCAUCUAGACUGAAAGCCAAAAUAAAAUUAUUGCUGCCUUUCUAAAACCCAAAAUGUAGUUCUCUAUUAACCUGAAAUGUACACUAGCCCAGAACAGUUUAAUGGUACUUACUGAGCUAUAGCAUAGCUGCUUAGUUGUUUUUGAGAUUUUUUAGUCAAUGCAUAAUGGAAACUUCUUUCUUCUAAAAGUUGCCAGUACCACUUUGUGAGAAGUGAAUCACUAUAUAUUUAAUGUAAAAGUUAUUACACUAAACAGGAUAAACUUUUGACUCCUCUUUUGUUCAUUUGUGGAUUAAGUGGUAUGAUACUUAUUUUUGGCAUUUGACUCUUAAGAUUCUGUAACCUAGCUACUUUGGGAUGGUCUUAGAAUAUUUUUCUGGUAACUUGUUCCAUUUCCUGACUCCUUGCAAACAAAAUGAUAGUGACAUUUUAUCCUGACUUUUUUCUUCUUUUUGGUUUAUGUCUAUUCUAAUUAAAUAUGUAUACAUAAAGUUACAUUUUAGUCUGUCA